AUGGUCGCAGAGAAGAAGGACGACGGCCAGGAAGGCCGCACCUGGCCAUGGAAAAAGCAGGCCAGCGACUCACGGACUGAGUCAGAAGAGUCCCUCAAACGGCCCGUCAAAUGGAGUUUAGGCAUCUUGAACGACAGAGAGACGGAUGAAGUACCUGGCUCUGUGCUACUACUCUCCAAUGUUUCGAAUCGUAACGAACCGCUCGGUCUUCGCAACACGCCUGCCAGAACAUCGACCUCGUCUCUCCCCUCUCCCUUUCCUUACACAACCCACUCGCACAACGGCUCCAUCGCUCCGCGCUCUCGUGCGGGCUCUAUUAUACCACCGACUCCGGACAAGAAACAGACCGGAGACGGCAUUGUCCUUGAACCACAACCCGAUGAAUCCUUGAACGAUCCGCUGAACUGGCCAAAGUGGCGGCGAGAUUGUGCUUUGCUCUCACUGGGCUUCUUCUGCAUGCUUGGUGGAGGUAUGACGCCCGUUCUCGCUGCAGGUUUUGUCAAUGUCUCGGAAUCUUUCAACAUAUCAGUCGCCCGGACCGCCCUCACAACUGGUCUCUACAUGCUCGGGCUUGGUCUCGGCAGCGUCAUUGCUUCUCCCACUGCUAUUCUGUACGGCAAGAGACCUGUGUAUCUAGUCGCCUCGGUCAUAUUUGUGCUGUCUGCUGUCUGGUGCGCUUUAUCGCCCAACUACGCCUCCUUGGUAAUUGCUCGCAUCAUCAUGGGUAUCGCAGUCAGCCCUGUCGAAUGUCUUCCAUCUGCGACCAUUGCCGAAAUCUUCUUUUUGCACGAGCGUGCUUACCGCCUAGGUAUAUACACUCUUCUCCUUCUCGGUGGUAAGAAUCUUAUCCCGUUGGUGAGUGCCGCAAUUAUACAGGCCUAUGGCUGGAGAUGGGUCUUCUGGAUCGUGUCUAUGGUGGUCGCAUUCGGUGCGGCCUUACUGUUCUUAUUCGUCCCCGAGACCUUCUGGGACCGCACUCCAAGGCCCUCCAGGCACUCACAUAAGCACCACAGGCCCAGAUUGAUGAGCAACAUCUCAAUUGCUUCCAUCUUCCAUCGAGGUCACGCCGAUACCCAUGCACACGAGGCUGCUCCCGAGCUCGAAAAGGGAGAAAAGUUCAGCUUGCCUCAAGAUGAGAGUCCGACCAAGGCCAAAGGAGAGAAGCGUGUGUCAAAGCACGCUCACUUCAGCGAACCCGACGAUGACGAACUUGCACCCGAAGAAAGUGCGAAGCCAGAUGUGCCUGCCUUGAAGCGUACAUCUCCCGAGCCUCCAGAAACUCCUCCCGCGCCCCAGACACCAUCAAAUCACCAGACAGUCGCUUCGUUGCAACUUCCCUCCCCAGGACCGCAGCCUAUCUCGCCUAUAUCACAACUCUCGCCACAGGCAAGUGCGCUAUCGCCAGGAUCCCAGCACCUGUCUCCUGGAUCACACUUCUUGUCGCCAGGAGAUGAUCCAUUUGUAUCAUAUAGAUCCGAGUCCACUCACAUGCGAUCAAACAGUGCGCAAUUUGACAGUAUACCAUCCCGCGGUCAGUCUGUGGAUGCAAAUAACCCUGGAUCAGUAUAUACGUCCUUCUACCGCGCCGCACCCCCAAAGUCCUUCGUCGAGACCUUGAAGCCAUAUGCCGGUCGCUUGUCUCAGGACCAUUGGGGCAAAGUCGCUCUUCGCCCAUUCAUUUUGUUCGCGUAUCCCGCCAUUCUUUGGUCCUCGCUUGUGUACGCAUUAUCUGUAGGCUGGCUGAUCGUCCUCUCUGAAUCCGUCUCUGUCAUCUACGAGAACCGCGAGACAUAUCACUUCACCUCCCUUCAAGUCGGUCUUGUCUACAUCUCUCCUUUCGUCGGCGGUAUCCUAGGAACGGCCGUUGCGGGUAGAUUCUCCGACGUCAUUGUCCGCUACAUGAGCAGAAAAAACGAUGGUAUCUAUGAACCUGAGUUCCGUCUCGUCAUGGCGAUCCCAGUCACUCUGAGCACGGUCAUCGGACUCAUGGGCUACGGAUGGAGCGUUUCCGAACGAGACGCUUGGAUUGUGCCAACAGUGUUCUUCGGCAUCAUCAGUUUCGGCUGUUGUGUAGGAAGUACAACAGCAAUCACUUUUGCCGUCGACAGUUAUCGCCAAUAUGCCGGAGAAGCACUGGUGACGCUCAACUUUUCUAAGAACAUCUUCCACGGCCUAGUCUUUUCCCUCUUCUUCAACCACUGGCUCGAAGCCGAUGGUGCGAAACCGGUUUUUUUGGCUCUCGGCGGCAUUCAAUUGGGCUGUCUGCUCUUUACGAUUCCCAUGUAUAUCUACGGCAAGCGUGCUCGUAUGUGGACGGUGAGAAAGAACUUGAUGGAGAAGUUUUGA